CGGAAAAGAUGCCCGGCGGAUUAUCUGGGUCUGUCAGAAAACCCGUAUCGUGGGAGUAAUCCUGAAAUGCACGAGAGAAAUGGAAGAACCGUCUAUUAUAAAGGAUCUUGUGUGGAAUCGUCCACUAUAAAGAAAAACGAGAGAAUUUUUGUUCUCUUUUACUCUGCUUUAAAAAUGCCAGUGAUGGGAACAGUCACAAAGGACCGCACUUUGCUUACCGCGCAAAAUGAGCUUGUUUCCUUUGAUGAGACAGAAAUUAAAGGUUGUGGACAUGCACCAAGCAAGAAAAACACAAAGACAAUGCACCAGCCACCUAAAAGUGGGAUCAGCCUGCCAGCUGGAACUGACUCUCAGAGGUUAAGAAGGACAAGACGUAAAAUUCUGAUCGACGACUCAGCCAGGCAGCACAACACCAAGAUCAAAUCUCACACCUCUUCCAAAAACGGACAGAGGGAAAGAAGACAGAAACAAAGCAGCAAUAGUGGAAAAGAGAGCAGCAGCCAGAGUUCUGUAAAAGCACCAAAAGAAGACUCAUCAGAAAGUAGAACUCAAAAUGAGGGACCUGCACUUCAAGAGGACUCAGACACUGCAAGUGAUCUGUCUGAUUCUGAGAGACGUUUAUUGAUUCCUUCUCAAACCACACCUCCGGACCUUAACUUACGUGCGGAGGUCAUAGAUCCACCUGACUUUCGAUCCUUGAGACUUUCUUGUCGAGGACGCAACAAUUCCAGUGGCAGGUAUCCAGAUUUCUUACCACCUCCUUUUAAUUCUUGGAGUCUCAAGCAGCUAGCCGUCUACUUAAAUACAGAUGGCAAAGGGAUUCCUCACCCAAAGCCUGUUGGACCGCUGGAGAGGUACUUGGAUCGUCUGUUACUAAAGGAAUGGCAUCAGAUCCAAACUGUCCAAGAGGAAUGCAAUAAAUCCAGUGCCCCGACACCAAAAUUUCGCCAUUGGCCUCAUACAUCUACUCAUUCCAGCCUCAGCUCUCCUAAAUGUAUCCUCCAGUGCCAGCGAGCUUUUCCCUUGGCAUUACUGUCCUCCUUGGCCAGCGCUCCAACUCUGCAGCUUCCAAGCUGUAGCUCUUCGAAUCGCAAGAACAGAUACCCCAUCACAAACGGAAUGUGCCGCCCUUAUGCCCACCACCAAGACAUACGGUUGAGUCCACUUUUGAAAGGCAAAGACUCAGGUUUUCCUAAAAGAAGCUACAGUGAAAGCAGGGCUCAUCAGUUACAACAAAGACACAGACCUCAUAAACACAGACUUAGUGACCCUCUGAGCGAGAGUAGCCAUUUGAAGCACAUGCAGGCUAUUGGUAACAUUCGCCAUCCUGUAAGUUCCACAAACAAUCCUGACCAAAUUUUUACAACAGCUAUUACAGACAGUUCUGCCAGUUUCGGUGAUGUUAAAAUGAAAAUGCCAGGGCAGAGGAGUCGUUCCUGUGUGGGUAUGAGAGAGGUGGGCUAUCAGGUAAGAGGACGAAGUGAACAACGUAGGACAAAAGAGGACUCCAAGCACUCUAUUACUAGUCAGCUGAUCAGGAAGCAAAAGCAUGUUGAAUUUGACACAAAGUAACGGGAUAUCUUUUUUUUAUGUAAAUUGUAUUUCUCAACCUCUCAUCCUAUCUUCUGUCUAAUUCAGGCUUGCCUACAGCAUUUCAUAUGUUAUUUUACUGGCAUGCUGUACCAUAUUUUAUCAUGUUUUUUACUUAAUGCAGAAAGCUGUUUUAAGUAGCUCUAUUUUAUACUGGUAAUUGUCUCUUUUAUUAUUACUCCUCACUAUUACAUUGUACAUUGAAAACCCAUUUUCAUUUCACCUCCUCUCUGAGGCUUUUACUGUCAAACGGGUACAAUUAAAACUACCAGAUAUCCUGUACUGUAUAUAUAGAUGGAACAGGUAGGAUGUCUAAACACCAUUGGCCUCAGUGUAACUUUUAUGAAGAACAACAUAAUCAUCAUACAGUACAUAGAAUAACUUUUUUUGUGUCCUAAAUUUGAAAGGUAAAAGUGUUUUUAAGACACCCUGACGAAUGCUUGUAAGCCGCAACAUUUAGGUGUAUUUAUUUAUCACCUGUUUUUAAAAGAUUAAGCCAUGAUAAAAUCAAGGCUUUUUAACUUUUUUUUCUACAUCAUUCGAGUGCCUUGGAUAUUUUUUAAUUAUUGUUUUAAAGACAUGUUUGUAUGACGAUUUAGUCAUUUCAGACAGCUUUUCUACAAAUUUAAGAUACAUUUGAAGAGCUUAAAUGCAAAACCCUCUAUGUGCAUCUGACAUGUUUUCGUGUAAAUGAGCAUUUAUUUAUUAUUUAUUAAUUAUUAUUUUGUAUCCAAGCUUCUCAUUUUUUACAAACACCAGUUGUAUGUUGGUUAAAAUGGUCUGUUGGUAAUAAGUUAAAGUUUGUUUUAUCUAAUAAAGAAAAACUGGAAGAAGAUGCUACACAGCAAUUGUCACCAGGGGCGGUUCUAGGGUCAGGUGUCAAAAAUAUACUUUAACUAAAACAUGAUAAACCCUUGUGGUAUUAUUUUUGCUAGAUUAAUUUUUUAAUUGUGCUUAUUAAAAUAACAAUGUCCGCUGAGUUUACUUUACACUGAUAUUAAAGUUCACCUCAAAAUGAAAAUCUGUUUCUCACCUUCUUGUUAUUUUAAACCUGUAUGUUUCCUGCAGAACACAAAAAGAAUUUAUUUUGAAAAAUAUUGGUAACCCUAACAUUACUCCCCCAUGACUUUGACUAAUGCAAGUUGGAGGGACCAACUAGCCUUGGUUUCCCCAUGUUGCCUUGCGGCGCAAAUUUAUUCACGCUGCAAGUCUAGCAUGGAAACUAUAUGGCCCUUUUUUUGCCCCUGAAAUAUGGAAUCAAUCACAGAACGGGGAGGGGGCAGCAAGACGAUACCGACGUCUAUGCAACACACCGAGGCAGUUUUGUUAUUUGUUAUGACACGGCAACAGAUGCAAAGUUACUUUUCAAUGCACCCUUAGAUAAUGUUCUAAGUAGUUUUGAACGCAAUUUUAUUUAAAAAAAGAGCAACUUUUGGCGUUAAACAAUUUCAUAUCCAAGAAUGGAUAUGGCAUGACAUAAACCACAGAGUUUUAUAGGGCCAACCUGCUAGGCAUCUUAGUCGACGAAGUACAAUUAACUUAUAAAUGGUAAGUGGUAUUUAUUAAUAUCAUUUUGUCAUUAUGCCUGUACUGUGGUUGUAAUAGUGCCACUAAAAUGUGUUGCUUUUCAAUACAAUUUACAGCUAGCGGUUUAGUUGCAUAGCUUUCAGCUGCGUGCACACGAACCGAUAACAGUUGUUUACGUUUGAAUUGAUGUCGCUCUACAUACGUCAUCUGGUAUAAUUAAAACGAUUGGCUAUGACCUACGUACAGACGCAUUUGAUAGACAUUUGUAGCGCCCAAUAAACGGCUCUGGGCAUUCGUAAACCAUGCCUCAAAUACAAGAAAAUUAGCAUAUGGUUCCCAGACUGUCUACGUCUGAUAGACUGUAUUGCCUUCAAAACUUUCAGCUUGAAAACUACUUUGAUCUGAAAACUGAAAAUGGUCAACCUGCUAUUUCAAACUUUUAGGAUAUGUUUUCUCAAGUCAAAUUUAACUUUGUGUUGACAAACUUUUUUUAACUGGCUUAUGUUGUUCAUAAACAAAGUAAGUCUCUUAGGUACUUUACAGACAAAGCCAAUAACACUCAAGCAUAUAUGUUGUCUAACAUUUUCCUAUAAUACGUGUAACAUAUAUAUAAAAAAAUUAAUUGUAUGACUCUCUAACUAUGUUAAUGCCUAUUUCCAAUUGCCAAUUUCUUCAAAAUGAUUCAAUAUUGUUUGUUCUGUAUUUUAUCUAAAUAAGAUGAUGUGAACUAGAGUGCAUAUAUGCAAGAGCUCCGGGUGGUCAGCUUGUUGACUCUGAAAUAUACAAGGACUGCCCACCUUGGUAUGUAGGUGAUGACAGAAGGUUUUUUUCAUUCAGGGUUGAUUGUGUGUGUACAGUUAAUGUACGUGAUUAUCUGUAUGUGUGUAUUAUGUUUUUUUAAAACAAUUAUUUUUGUUUUGAAAUAAAAGUUAUCACUGGUAUGAGU